AUGAAGCACCUCGCGGCAUACCUUCUUCUCGGCCUCGGUGGAAACACCUCGCCCUCUGCCUCCGACGUCAAGACUGUUCUAGAGUCCGUCGGUGUCGAGGCCGAUUCCGAGCGCCUUGAGAAGCUCAUCUCCGAGCUCAAGGGCAAGGACAUCAACGAGUUGAUCGCUGAGGGCUCUUCCAAGCUCGCAUCCGUUCCCUCAGGUGGCGCCGGCGGUGCUGCUGCUUCCGGUGGCGCUGCUGCCGCGUCCGGUGCUGCCGACGCUGCUCCUGCUGCGGAGGAGAAGGAGGAGGAGAAGGAGGAGUCAGACGACGACAUGGGUUUCGGACUCUUCGAUUAA